AUUAUUCGGGCACCAAUAUACCCACACGCCACUGCCGCUUAUUAUAGGGUGUAAUCAAAACAAAUGCACAAAAGUUAGGUUAGUUUAGUGUUGUAUAUAAAAGCAGCAGCAGUUGCAGUUGCAUCUCCAAUCGAGUGUCAGCAGGGAAAUAAAAAUGUUUAAAAUAAUCAUCUGCCUGUUGUUGAUAACAACAAUACAGGCCAGCACGUCCUCCCAUUGGGGAUUUACCACCAAGCCGGGCUUUACCUCCAUAACUCGUAGUACUAGCUAUAAAUCAAUGACAGCCUCUCGCUCAACUACAACCAGUCGCACUACAAACCAAAUCGUAGCCGAAGGUAAAUUUGUAGUGGGAAUCAAAAAGGGUGCUAUUGACAAACUAUUGCCCAUGGCCAUAAAUACCUGGAACUUUACGGAUGCCAAUGCAAUGGCAUGGCGCAUACUCAAGCAAUCCCGGGGUGGAGUGCGUCAGACUCGCAACGCUGUUGUCGAAGGCUGCACAAAGUGUGAGCAGCUGCAGUGCGACGGCACCGUUGGCUAUGGUGGCUCACCGGAUGAGCAGGGUGAAACGACAUUGGAUGCUAUGGUAAUGGAUGGUGCAACAAUGGAUGUGGGCGCGGUUGCAGGCAUGCGUCUCAUCAAGGAUGCCAUAAGAGUGGCCAGACAUGUGCUGGAACGCACAGCGCACACCAUGCUAGUGGGCGAUGCGGCAACAGAGUUUGCUAUAUCAAUGGGCUUCCGCUCCGAGUCGCUAGUGACGCCCGAAUCAAAGACCAUGUAUCAGCAAUGGAAGGCCAAGGACUGUCAGCCAAACUUCUGGCGUAAUGUGCAUCCAGAUCCCAAGAUAUCCUGUGGUCCCUAUGAGCCCACGGCUACACCGCUGACACGCUGGAAGGAGGAUCGUGCACGCACGGAAUAUCAAAUUGGUGCAAAGCAUCAUGAUACCAUUGGCAUGAUAGCCAUUGAUGUGGAUCAUCACAUACAUGCAGGCACCUCCACCAAUGGUGCGCGUCAUAAGAUACAUGGACGUGUUGGUGACUCGCCCAUUCCCGGUGCCGGCGCUUAUGCUGACAAUGAAGUGGGCGCCGCUGUUGCUACAGGAGAUGGCGAUGUAAUGAUGCGUUUUCUGCCCACACUACUAGCCGUAGAGGCUAUGAGAAAUGGCAAGUCGCCAGCUGAAGCUGCAGAGGUAGGAAUUCGACGUAUUCUCAAGCAUUACAAGGAAUUUUCUGGCGCCGUCAUUGCGGUAAAUCGGCUGGGACAGUAUGCAGCAGCAUGCCAUGGCAUGCGAGAGUUUCCCUUUGUUGUCAGCAAUCCAACUCAAGCGAUUCAUGUGGAAACAGUCAAGUGCUUGCCUCCAGAGCCAAGUGUGGAGGUGGUACCGCUGACAAAGCAAACAUAAACAAUUGUUUCUUUCAAUUGUUGAUACGUUGUUGUAGUGCUGCGAAACGGCGUCUGAUAUUUAAAUUUGAAAAAUGAACUGUGAACUAGUUCACAAGAGCUUAGACAAAAAUCUAAAUUUUGUUUUUUGGAAAUUAUU